CUUCGAUGUCGUCAUCGGCUAGUGACGAGUGAUUCAACUCGGAUAUGACAAACUUUCAGCGUCAGUAGACAUAUUGCGUGUGUUUAUAAAGAACAGUUACCUCGGCAUCAUUUCGAUAAUGACCUCUCGAUUGUGUUUCUUUUUAUUCAGAACGAGAAUACCCAGAUCACGUGUCGCGGGAAGUCUUUCGGUUCCCAAAACAUCAUGUAACGUUACAACUGGAAGCGAGCAUGAGGAGGCAGAUAAAAGAGCUGCACACACCUCUUUAUAUAUCACUGAUUCGUUACUGGGGUGUGCUGUGUCACACAACCGAGGCGGAAUGAGUUUCUGCAGAACUUUCUCCACUUCUGUAAGCAGUUCUGAAGCCAUCGGACAUCUACAGUCAACACACUAUCACCUGGUUUACACCUGCAGAGUGUGCUCCACUCGCUCUAUGAAGACAAUAUCCAAGGUGGCAUAUCACAAGGGUGUUGUCAUUGUAACAUGUCCCGGAUGUAAAAACCACCACGUAAUCGCUGAUAAUCUGAAGUGGUUCUCUGAUCUGGAAGGGAAAAGAAACAUAGAGGAGAUCCUGGCUGCUAAAGGAGAAUCAGUGCAAAGAGUUCAAGGAAACGAGGCCCUGGAAAUUGUUGCAGAGGAAUCGAUAAAGGAGGCAUCAAGAAAUAAUCCAGAUGAACAGAAACCAGCACAUCUGGGCGAUGGUUCAGACAAAACAUGAUUGACAUUUGUCAAGUGCUGGACAUUUAUUAUUGUUAUAUUUUUAAUAAAGCAUUAAAAACAAC